AUGUUCUCCUCUAAAGUUGGGAUUAUUAACAUCCCAAAAUUUACGAAAAGCUUGUGGAAAAACCAAAUACCAAAAAAUUCUUUUGUGAGGCAAGCAUCCUCAGGCCAAUCCGCAGACCAAUUGAAGGAGUUCAAGGAUGACACUGCUGAUUAUCUUGGUGAAACCAAAACAAGCGCUGCUAUGAUCGCUUAUCUAAAGCGAGCACAGGCACACACUGAGUUCAUCGAAAAACAUUCUCAUGAAUUCCAAGUUGGGAGGAGACAUUUGGCCAACAUAAUGGGCAGAGAUCCUGAAACAUUCACUCAGGAAGACAUUGAUGAAUCUAUUGAGUAUUUAUUUCCUUCUGGCUUGUUUGAGCCACUAGCUCGUCCUAUGAUGAAACCACCCGAGACCAUUUUUGCUGCCAAGAAGGAAGCUGAAUUUGAUGAAAGUGGAAAGCCCUUUCAUUGGCUAUUUUACACAACUUAUCCAAAUUUUUUUGAGCUCCUACACAAUGUUGUUGGCAAAAUGAAAGAGCUGAAUAGGUUUGAAGAUGAACAGAUUAGGAAAGGUCUCACCCCGCCAGAAAACAGCGCUGUGAGCAUGGGUGGAAUGGAGUGGCUGCCUAAAAAGCUCCUUGAUAAGAAGUUACUUGAAGAAAUUCCCGAAGAUGCUUACAAGCAGUUCCUAGCUUUGAUGGACCGUUUUAUUCAGCAUCCAUAUGCUUAUUUAGCUGCUGAUACAUAUGAGCCUGUAAGGAAAUCACUAUUAGAUAAGAGAAAACAGAUUGUGGAACUUGAGCCACAAUUUACAGAAGAUGGAAGAACUUAUAUAACAACCACAGAUAAUACUAAGAGGCCUGCUGUUGCCAAAGUCACGGUUUACAAUCCAGGAACGGGAAAAUUCACUGUCAAUGGAGAAGACUUGUUGUAUUUCAAAGACGUGCAAAGCAGAGAGCAGUAUUCGCAAAAAUCGUCAGUACAUGACACUCACAAUCAGUCAGUAACGCCACGCGCCGUGUCGCCAGGAUGCACCAGAAUCGUUAGUCCUGUCGUCACGCACACUAAUAUGCAUUGA